AUGAAGAGGUCCAGUCUUACACAUUUUCUGCCCCUGGCUCUCGUCCCUCUGGCGAGGGCCCAGGGUACCGUUCAGGAUCUAUGGAAUCUACCCGAUUACCCCGACUAUACGACGUUUUUCACGGCCGGGGAUACGGUAAAUAUUAGCUGGCAACCGGGCCUUGUCGACCAGUUUCCGUACUUUUGCGGUGACUGCGAUAUCCUUAAUGUUGAUUUAUGGUUGACGGCCAGCGCAUAUACUCGGCGGUUGGGUGCCGGCCUAGAUGUCAACAGAACAAUGUGGUUCAAUUGGACCAUCAACCUUGACAACCAAGACGUCGAAGAAUCAAGGGACUGGACACUCCGCUUCCUCCCCGCCGACGUACAAUGGGGCGACAAUGACCAGGAAAUCUCCUCCGCGAAGUUCAAUAUCAACCCUGCCCCUGAAGAAGACGAACCCUCCUCCUCAUCUACGCCUUUACCAACUUCAACAACAGCAACCGUCCCUGGCACACCGUCCGCAACCACCCCAGGAGACUCAGGGAACGGCGACGACAGCGACGAUAGUCUCUCUACAGGCGCCAAAGCCGGUAUCGGCGUCGGCGCCGGCGCCGGCGGUCUCAUCAUCGUCGCCCUCGCAUUCCUCCUCUGGCGACGACUGCGCGCCCUACCAGCGCAUAAGGCGCCGGGCGCUGAUAAUACCGCGGGGGCCUACAACGAUUUGCAUCAUCCGCCGCCGCCCGGCGUAGAAACCCAGCAGCCCGAGGGCUACUUUGCAGGGGCGGGGAUGGCGAAACCUCCUGCUGCGUUUGCGGGGCCGCCUGCGCCGCUAAGUGAGUUGCACGGGGAUGCCGCGACGGAAAUGGAUGCCGGUGCUGAUGGGCAGAGGGUACCUGCUGAACUUGAUGCCGGGACACAGGAGACUGGUGCCCAACGAUGA